AGCGUUGUUUUUAAUCUCUUUAGUAUCUAUUUAAAGACCUUUGAAUGAGGUAUCAUGUGCAUGUACACUAAAUGAUAGCAAAGUAAUAUUGAGAUGGAAUCUAUUUCUUGGACUCAUAAGUUAACUCAAAGGUGUAUUGAUGGCACAACUGCUAUGCCUUUUCCAAAAAAUGUUUCUGAGAAACUAAUUAUGAACGAUCACAGUAGCUUAACUUUAGUAGAUGAAGAAACAGAGACAUUAUAUGAAUGUGCUAUUGUGACCGAUCCAAGAGAUGAAAAUUUGAGGUACAUUGGUGAUGGUUGGUUUGAGUAUAUUGCCUCAAAGAAAUUUGCAGUUGGAUCUAGUUUAAUAUUUAUUUAUACGAUUGAAUCACGCAUGUUGUAUGUGACGCUUAUUGAACGUACGUAGAGAUAGUUAGCAAUAUAUUGUAAGAAUAAAGGUACAAUGCGAAACUAAACUAAUAAAGUUGUAUUCCUAUCCUUAAUGUAAUGUUAAAUCUUUCUUAUGUUUGUGUAAUACAUAUUGAUUGUUUUAUAUUA